AUGUCUGACUCUAAAGUCUCCGCAAAGGUCCCUGAGGAUAAAGCUAAGAAUGUUUACUACUCCCGAAAGUGGAUUCAAGAGAGCAUUCAAAGUUUCGGAAAUGUUGACACGAACAAGGAUGGUUUUCUGAGUAAGGCCGAAAUUAAAAAGGCGUUGAAUGAAGAAUACCCAGACGCAAACUCGGGAAAGGGAAUCACCGAUUCGAAUAUUGAUGAAAUAUUCAAGAUUUUCGAUUACAACGAUGAUAAGAAGCUCAACAUUGGUGAAUUCAUCGAAUUUGACAUGUUCAUGGAUGCGACGCUCUUCAACUAUUACCAUGCUGUCCUAUUUUAG